CGCAAAUAGUACGCGAAUACUAUAGUAGUUAAUCUUGUAUAAAAGAAUAAUUUAUAAUGUGAAAAGAAAUCACGUCACUUAUUGCUAUUCAUAACAAAAGGAAAAGCAUGUGUUGCGAGUAUCAAGUUUCGAGGCAGAAGAAGGAAGAACAAAGGACGUCGUUGAUAGGCGCAGUGCUUUUGUGAAAAAGCGUUUAUUUUUGACACCAUUCAAGCGUCUGCUUGUGCCUGCCAUGCCGUGGGCUGGUGAGUUCUGGGGAGUUAGCGCCAGCGGCAGAACGCCCCUAUGUAAAAAAUAUUAAUUGAAAUAAAAUUGCGUGUUAUAUCGUUUCAUAUCGAAAUGUGAUGCGACUCAUCGAUUGUGCGUACAUAUGUACUUAAUACUUACUUUACUACUUAGAUAUACAUGUAUAUAUAUAUGUACAUGCUACCUAUGUAAAUAUUCAUCAGUUACAUCCGUGUCGUUUGACGGUUUACGUCUGUGUUCACGUAAUAUGGAAGUGCAUUAAUUGUUUUGUUUGACAUUCGCGCUCCUAAAUUAAAUAUAUCGAAAUAAUAAAAAAGAACACGUACCAGACAGAAGUUUGAAAAAUAUAAUGUUGAAGCACAUUUUUGGUGUAACUACGAUUGUAUUAAUAUGUUUGUCAGGAUCUGAGGCGCAGUAUGAUGAUAAACGGUGCAAAUGCAUUUGUCCUAGUCUUCCAUCCGUUAUAAAUACAACACAAUCAUCGUCAGAACGAAAAACAUAUAUUAUAAAUGUUCCACCGUCUGAAUGUAAAUGUGAAAAUGUUGUAUUGUCAAAAGUGGGAGAUCAGUUGAAAGGUAAAGAAGAAAUUUUUUGUUCACGAUGUGAUUGUAAAUAUGAAAACAGGAAUACUACCAUUAUCAAAAUAGUAGUGAUACUUGUUAUUUGGGUUAUAUCUCUGUUAGUAAUUUAUAUGUUAUUUUUGAUUUGCCUGGAUCCAUUGUUAAAUAAAAGAAUUCAUAAAGCUUCAACAAAUAUUGGCUAUCAUGAACACAAUAAUGAAGAUGAUGAUUCUUCAACAGCUCCUGGAACAUUUCAUGCCAUGGGUGAAAGAGGUAAUGUUUUAAAUCGUGUUGGUCAUCAACAAGAUAAAUGGAAACGUCAAGUUCGUGAGCAGAGACGUAACAUUUAUGAUCGGCAUACUAUGCUUAAUUAAAGUGUACAAUUCUGUUUAUAGAAGGAAUUAAAUAUAAUAAAUAACAAUA